AUGCCGACACUUUCAGUGGAGAAUCUGAAGGAAACUCUCAAAUUGUUCAACCUGGAUAAGUGUUUCGGCGACAUUUCCAAAUAUGCAGAAAGGUGCAUCCAGUCGCAAAAACAAGAGAAUCCGGGAUCAACCAACAUGCCUAUCGCUAUUACUCGAUGCCAGUUUAACGCAAUUGCUCGGAAACUGCCCAAGAUUUUGAAAUUUAUUCAUGCGCAAGGAGCAUGCUCACGAAUGUUUAUAACAGGCUGUGAGUUGUGUGAUGGAAGGUUACUUGAUGUGGUGUCAGAGGAAUCAGAUGAGAGUGAAGAGGAACUGAAAGAAGAAAUAACUGAAAUAUCAGAAGAAGAAAAAGUCGAAGAAAGCCAAAAAACAAGUCUCAUCCGAUGA